GUGCGACGAUUCCGUCCACGCCAGCUGUGGGGAGGGGUCGCUGUUCUGUGGCCGCUUCCAGUGCAGCUCGUCCAAAAAGAGGAGAAGGAGGGUUGCGACUCACCUCCGCGCAUUUGAACGGGCCGUGAGCCGCGCGGUGACCGGGGAGUGCGAAAGUCAGCCGAGGUCACCCCUCCCAGGACAGGGAAGAGGUGGCGGUCGGCCGAGCCCGCGGGACCCGCCUCUGUCCACGGGGUCCCAUGAUGGCGGCGGCGUGGAUGGACCCUGCGCAGGUAUCUGUGACCUUCGACGAUGUGGCCGUGACUUUUACCCAGGAGGAGUGGGGGCAGCUGGACCCGGCCCAGAAGACCCUGUACCAGGAGGUGAUGCUGGAAAACUGUGGACUUCUGGUGUCUCUGGGGUGUCCCGUCCCCAGACCGGAGCUCAUCUGCCAGCUGGAGCGCGGGCAGGAGCCGUGGACGGCGAAGAGAGGCCUCUCCCAGAACACCUAUCCAGGUGACAAAGGAAAACCCAAGGCCACAGUAUCUGCCAUUGGUGAGCCAGCCCUGUCUGAGGGCGCCCCCGUCCAGGAACAACUAAUACAAGGAGUUGCAGGAGACUCCCAGAAGCGCCAAACCAAGGAUCAGGAUGGGUCAUUGGAAAUGCAAGAAGGACAUUUGAGACCAGAGAUAGAUCCCCAGAAGGAGAAACUCCCUGGGAAAUCAAGCUCUGAAGAUGGCAACGUAGGGACAGCUGAUAAUGUGUGUUCAAGAAUUGUACAGGAGCCAGUCCCUCUGCGAGGUGCUGUCCAUGACCAUGACUCGUGUGGAUCAGGUAAAGAUCCCAUGAUUCAAGAAGAAGAAGAUAUCUUUAAAUGCAACGAAUGUGGGAAAAUUUUUAACAAGAAACGCCUCCUUGCUCGACACGAGAGAAUUCACUCUGGGGUGAAGCCCUACGAAUGCACUGAGUGUGGGAAAACCUUUAGUAAAAGCACUUACCUCCUCCAGCACCACAUGGUCCACACCGGGGAGAAGCCCUAUAAGUGCAUGGAGUGCGGGAAGGCCUUCAACCGCAAGUCACACCUUACACAGCACCAGCGGAUUCACAGCGGGGAGAAGCCUUAUAAGUGCAACGAGUGUGGAAAGGCCUUCACCCACCGCUCCACUUUUGUCUUGCAUAACAGGAGCCACACCGGAGAGAAACCUUUUGUGUGCAAAGAGUGUGGAAAAGCCUUCCGAGAUAGGCCGGGUUUCAUACGUCACUACAUAAUCCACAGUGGCGAGAAUCCCUACGAAUGCUUCGAGUGUGGCAAGGUCUUCAAACACAGGUCCUACCUCAUGUGGCACCAGCAGACUCACACUGGGGAGAAGCCCUACGAGUGCAGCGAGUGCGGGAAGGCCUUCUGUGAGAGCGCGGCCCUCAUUCACCACUACGUCAUCCACACGGGGGAGAAGCCCUUCGAGUGCCUGGAGUGCGGGAAGGCCUUCAACCACAGGUCCUACCUCAAGAGGCACCAGAGGAUCCACACCGGGGAGAAGCCCUAUGUGUGCACGGAGUGUGGAAAGGCCUUCACCCACUGUUCCACUUUCAUCUUGCACAAAAGGGCCCACACCGGAGAAAAACCUUUUGAGUGCAAAGAAUGUGGGAAAGCCUUUAGCAAUCGUGCGGACCUCAUCCGACACUUCAGCAUCCACACCGGGGAGAAGCCCUACGAGUGCAUGGAGUGCGGGAAGGCCUUCAACCGCCGCUCGGGGCUCACGAGGCACCAGCGGAUUCACAGUGGAGAGAAGCCCUAUGAAUGUGUCGAGUGUGGGAAAACCUUCUGCUGGAGCACAAACCUCAUCCGACACUCCAUCAUCCACACCGGGGAGAAGCCCUAUGAAUGCAGCGAGUGUGGCAAGGCCUUCAGUCGCAGCUCCUCCCUCACUCAGCAUCAGAGGAUUCAUACUGGGAGACACCCCGUCAGGGGCAGCGCAGCAGAAGUGGGGAGACCCUUCGCGAGCGGGCAGUCCUCGGUCAACCUCCAAGAGCUCCUGUUGGGGAAAGACUUUUUGAAUGUAGCCACUGAGGAAACCUCUUACUCAGAAUCUGAUCGUUCAUACCAAAGAGAAACCCCUCAGUUUUCUUCCUUGUGAGAAACCCUUCUGUUGCAGGAUAUCUGUUGUCAUCUAAUGAGUCAUACUGGAAAUUCAUCCAGCCUAGAGCCUUAUUCUACAACUGAGAACUCAUCCAGGGAGAGACCCAGCGGUUAUAUGCAUGUAGGAAAACCUUCAGCUGUAUCUUUUCCUUAAUUUACACUGCAGUGUUAUCUCAGGAAUUUUUUUUUCUUUUUUCUUUUUUUUAAGGAGACUUAGACAAUGAACUGCAAACACAUUUUCUUUCAGACUUCCUUUCCACGCCUUUGGCACUUUGUCAUGGAUUCCUUAGUUCACUUGGCAGGAGGAGGGUUUUGUUGAGAGGGAAAGGACUUAGACUUUUUAUAUGUCUUGUAUAUACAUUCAUUGCUGUCCAGUGUCAAGAGAGUUAGUUGAGGGCAGGUUUGGAAACUUUCAUGAAUGUCUUCUCUGUUCUAAAACAUUGUCUCUGUUCAUAAGGAGCUUAAUUUUUGUGAGAAAUGUAAUGGCUAAAGCCAUCAAACACUUUUAUAUUUGAGGAGAUAAGAAUACACCUAUGAAUGGGCACAUUUUAUUUUACCAGUUAAGACUGUUUAAGGCUUUGAUUUUUAAAAAACAAACAUUUUCUUCAUGCGGCUUUAAGGAGCUGAUACUCAGACAUUUUCUUGGUCCUGUACUAUUAGUUUACUUGAUUGCUGUAAUUAGGUGGUAAAUAUUUUAGUUGCAUAAAAUGAUCUCUCUUUAUUCUUCUUAUUUAAAACUGAUUUAGCACUCUCAUUACUCUGAAUUUCCACAUAAAGUUUUGGAGAAGCUUGUCUAUUUAUGAAAAAAAGUAUCAAAUUUUGAUAGAAAUUGAGUUAAAUUGUCAGAUUAGUUUGUUAAGAAUUGUCUUCUUUAUGGUGUUGUAUCUUCCAGUUUAUGAACAUGGUAUGUCUGUACAUUUAUUUAAGUAUUGCUUGAUUUAUUUCAUCACUGUUUUAUAAAUUUCAAUAAUAGGUCCUGAAUGAUUUUUAUAAAGUUUAUAUCUAGGUGGUCUUUUUUCUUUAUGAUAAAUGGAUUGAUUUUUAAGUUUCCACCCACGUUUUGGUAGUAUACAGAAAUGUAAUUAAUUUUUAGAUGUCAGUUUGGUAUCCUACAAUCUUUCUGAACUGUAGGCAUUUGUUUUGAUAGACUGCUUGGGUUUUUUUACAUAGAAAUACCAUCUGCAAAUAGAGGUAGUUUUAUUUCUUCCUUACCAUCUGUCUACUUCAUUUUCUUUUCCUGGACUAGCUAGGGUUUCCAAUACAAUAUUGAAUAGUAGUAGUAAGAAAGGGUAUCCUUGUCUGGCUUCUGAUAUUAGGGGGGAAACAUUCAGUAUUUUGUCAAGUAUGAUGUUAGUAUAAGGUUUUCUUCAUAGAAGUUUCUUAAUCAAGUUUAGAAAUUUUCCCGUAUUCCUAAUUUGCUGUGGGUUUUUUGUUGUUGUUGUUAUUGUGAAUGGGUGUUAAAUUUUGUCAUAUGCUUUUUCUCUACCAGUUGAUACAAUCAUAUGUUUUUUUCUUCUGCAGCUUGUUGAUAUGAUGUAUUACAUUGAUUUGAGUUUUGAAUGUUGAAGCAGCUUUGUAUUCUUGAAACAAGUCCUACUUGAUUGUAGAGUGUAAUUAUUUUUAUAUAUUGUAUUGCAGUAUUCAGUAUGCUAGUAUGUUGAGAAAGUUUUCCUCUAAUUUCAUGAGUGAUAAUGAUAUGUAGCUUUCUUUCUUUUGUUCAUUUUUGUUUCUUUGGUUUUUGUCUAUGUUUGGUACUGUCAUUGGUUUUGGUGUCUAGAUGAUAGUGGCUUCCCAGUAUGUAUUGGGAGUGUUCUUUCUUCUGUUAUGUGGAAGAUAGUGCAUAGAAUUGGUUUUAUUUCUUCCUUCAGUGUUUGGUAGCAUUCUCCAGUGAACCAUUUAUGCCUGGAGAUUUUUCUUUUGGAUGCUUUUUAGUUAUGUAUUUAUUUUAUUUAAUAUGUAUAGAAUUGUUCAGAAUAUCUAUUUCACAUUGGAUGAAUUUUUGUAGUUGUCUUUUUCUAGGAAUUGUUCCAUUUCAUCUAAAUUUUCUUUUUUGUUCCAAGUAUUCCUUUAUUAUAUUGUUUGAUGGAAGAAUCAGUACUUAUAUCUCCUGUUAUAUUCCUGAUAUUGAAAAUGUGCCAGUUAUUUUUAUUUUUGUUAAUCUCAGAUGUUUAUCAAAUUUUUUUAAUCUUUUUAAAGAAGCAGCACUUUAUACCACUGUUUUUUCUCUAUCUUUUUGUUCCUAAUUUCACUGAUAUCUCUGUAUCGAUCUUUAUUAUAUCUGUUCUUCCACCUGCUUUGGUGGUAUUUUCCUCUGUAGUUUCUUGAGACGGAUGUUUUGAAUACUGAUUUGAGAUUUUUUUACUUUUCUAAUGUAAGCAUUACAUUCUAUAAAGUUCCCUCACAGCACUUUCCUUACAAGUUUUAAUAUAUUUUAAUAUCAUUUCAUUUGGUUCUAAGAAUUUCUUUAGUCAAGACUUCCUGUCUAACCCAUAAAUAAUUUAGAAGUAUGUUGUUUAAUUUCCUAGCGUUUGAAGUAUUUCAUGUUCUCUUUGUUAAUCACAUCUAGUUUGUUUUAUAUUUGAUCUGGCUGUUUAAAUUUGUUGAGGUUUGCUUUAUGACCCAAAAUAUGGUUUAUCUUGGUGAAUGUUAUAUAAGUUGGCUUGAAGAGAAUGUGUAUUCUACUGUUGUUAGGUGGAGUUUGUAUAAAUGUCCACAUGAUCCUGUUGGUUGAUGAUGUUAUUCAGAUUUUCUAGGUCCCCGCUGAUUUCUGUUUAGUAUUUCUAUCAAGAGCUGAGAGAGGGAUGUUGGAAGUCCUGCAGUAUAAUUCUGGAAUUGUCUUUCUCCUUUUAAGUUCUAUCAGUUUUUGUGUAUUUGAAAGGUCUGUUGUAGGUGCAUACACAUUUAGGAUUGCUAAAUCAUCUUAGUGUAUUGACCCUUUUAUCAUUAUGUAAUGUCUCUUUUUGACCCUGUAACUUUUCUUUGGAAUAUACUUUAUCUGAUUUAAUAUAGUCACUGUUGCAUUUUUGGGUUAAUAUUUUGCAUUUUUGGUUUAUAUUUUUCCAUAAUUUUAUUUUCAACCUUGUCUAUAUCAUUACAUUUGAAGUGAGCCUCUGUGAAUAGCACGUAUUCGGGUAACGCUUUCUUUUUACCCAUUUUCCUGACUUCUUUUUUUAAUUGCUAUAUUUAGACCAUUUAAAUUUAAAAUGAUUAUUGAUAUGUUAGGGCAUAAGUUGGCUAGUUUAUGAUUUGGUUUUUCUUUGUUGCCUGUUUACUGUUCCUCUGUUGUUUUGGGGUUAUUUUUUGUUUUGUUUUUUGCUUUGCCUUCCUGUGGGUUACUUUAAUUUUUAGAAUUCUAAUAGAUAUAUCUGUGAUGACUUUGAGUAUAAGUCUUUGUAUUUUACUGUUUUUUUAGGUAUUGUUUCAUAUAUAUGUAAUUUAUCACAGCCUACAGUAUCAACAUCUUAGCACUUUGAUUGUAGAAACCUUAACUUUCAUUGGGUCCUUUUACAGAAGUAUUUCCUCUUCAUACACUGAGCAUCAUAUUGGAUGAUGUUCUUUUUUGCUUCAAUUAUCAAACAAUUUUUACACAACCCAUGAGAAGUGUAACGUGUUUACCUAUAUUUUUAUCCAUUCCAUUGUUCUUCUUGAAAUCUCAAGAGAUUUUUUUUCCUGUUACAUUUCUUUUUUUGCAAACUCCUAUACAGAUCUUCCUUGACUUAUGAUGGAGUUACAUGUCAGUAAACCCAUCGUAAGUUGAAAAUACCAUGGUUAAAAAUGCAUUUAGUACACCUAACCCACUAAGCAUCACAGUUUAGCCCAGCCUUUGUUAAACAUACUCAGAAUGCUUACGUUGGCCUACAGCUGGGCAAAUCAUUUCACACAAAACCUAUUUUAUACUAAAGUGUUGAAUAUCUCAUGUAAUUUAUUGAAUACUAUACUGAAAGUGAAAAACAGUGAUUGUAUGGGUACUUAACAUACACAGCCCAAAGUACACCAGGCCUAAAGAAUGUGUGAAAUGAGGAACUAAAAUUAAUUGCUGGGUAAUGGGGUGCUAAGGUGACGGGAUCAUCAGUCUCUUUUUCUUACGAAAGAGAGCAGCUGGUAGAAGGCACCAGGGCAUCAGCGUUUGUUGAUGGUGUAGCCAGUAUCGUGUUCCUUAGGAAGAUAGCAGGUUUUGACUGUGCAGUUUGUUUCUUCUUUUCAUUAUAUAUUUCUCUGCAGCAAGCAAGAGUACCCUGUAUCAGCCUGUCAGCUCUUGUUAAUGUCUUGUAACUGACAUCCAUUUCUUCUAAUAUCCCUACCCACUGCUGAUAGUAGCAGUUACCUCUAUCCGUUUGUUUGCUGUGAACUUUCUUGGUGCUUCAUGGGUUAACUUAUUCUGCCUAAACUUCUUUCUUUCUUCCCCCAGUCUGAUUAGCUUCUCAAUAGAAAGCUUUUCAGCCUUGAGGCGCCUGGGUGGCUCCUUAGUUUAGUUAAGCGUCUGACUUCAUCUCAGGUCAUGAUCUCACCUUGCGUGAGUUCGAGCCCCACGUCAGGCUCUGUGCUGACACCUCAGAGCCUGGAGCCUUCUUCAGAUUCUGUGUCUCCCUCCCUCCUGCCCCUCCGCUGCUCACGCUCUUCUUCAAAAAUAAA